CUGUUUUUCAUGGAAUACAUAACUUUGUUGUUGAGAUCGAUGGGUCAAAUACCCAAAAACAGAAGUUCUUGCUAAACAUUCUAAAGUGGAUAUAAAGGAAGGAGAUAAUGCAUGCAGUACAUGUCAGAGCGUCACGGUAGCAUGCGAAAGCGACCCCGUGGCGCUCCUCGUUAAGACGGAAAGAGUACCGCUGGUUUUUUAGUGGGUAUUCCGAUGUUUGGGGCGCACUUGGCGCCUUGGACACCAGCGAGCCCAACCUCCCCUCCCCAUACUGUUCCUGUGGGGGAAACGCGUAAUGCGUUUUUCCAAAUUAUUAUUACAUAUAAUUCACAUAAAUUUUACUUCCAAAGUCCCGUAACAACAUCGCCGUCAUUCAAAACUUUUCGAGAAUACCACAGAUUAUAAAGAUCUCGACCAGUAAUGUCGUGUCAGUUCAAGGUCGACGUUGUUUAUUUAUCUUUACUCCUAACACUUGACUCGGUUAUACGAUUAUUUAUAGUUACUACGAAGUACGAUUCGUACGAUAGUUAGUACGAAUUACGUAUUCGAGUUGAUGUGUUAACAGUAUCAGCCAUAUUUUAUGUAAUUGAUAUAUAUAUAUUUUUUUGCAUUAUUUCAGUAUUCGCAUCGACUGAAUCGUAUAUACGUGAACAUGGAAUGCAAUUUCUCGGUGAAUUUCAAAUGGGACACGAACGAGCCGAUGUACGUGCGCGCCACCACCGUGUUCUCGGAGCCGGCGCAGGCGCAGAAGAGAGUCGAGCGAUGCAUACAGCACUCGCACGACUCGUACAACACACUGCACCGGCUGGAGCCGCACGUGGUGCGGAACGUGCUGCGCUCGGCGCGCGACCCGGGCGGCGCGGGCGUGUACUACUGCGGCGCGCCCGACCGCGCCGACUCGUGGUACUCCGUGCUCGUGGCCUUCGCCGCGCCCGCCGCGCACGCCUUCCAGUUCGUGUGCAAGAACAGCUGCUCCACCGGCAUCAACCGUCGCCCCAUCGACGUCAUCUUCACCCUCGAGGACUACACCGGCGCCGUGUUCGGGCGGCACGUGGUGGGCGCGCGCGUGUGCUCGUGCCCGCGCCGCGACAUGCUCGCCGACGAGCGCCACGCGCCCGGCAAGCGCCGCGCGCCGCCCGACGCGCCGGCGCCGCCCGCGCCCGCCGCGCCCCCCGCGCCCCCCGCCGCCGCCGCCGCGCCGCCCGCCGCCAAGCGCCUGCUGCGCGAGCGCGCCGACGAGGACGUCGUCGUCACGCUGCCGCCCAUGAAAAUUUACGGAACGCGAACGGCGACGGCCGGGAUCAACGUGAUGCUCGAAAUGAUGGAACAUUUGAAGGCGAUCAAAAGCGGCGUGCAGCAACCGAUCGACGAGCUCAAUAAAACUAUAAACGAACUCAAAACUAUCAAAGAUAACAUAAAGUCCGUUAAAAAAGAAAACGAACAGUGAUUUAUUGUAAGUCUAAAAUUUAAACGAAAUAUUUUUGAAGUUAUAUUUUUUAUAAAUUUAUUCGUAAGUAGUUUUUUUAAACGAAUAUCAUGUAUGGUGCGUCAGUGUGGCGCUGUCAUUAUAUCGACGUGACGCGGUACGGUUGGCAGCGCAAUGACAGUAAUGGCUUCAGUCGAAUUUUCACUAUAAUAUAAUAUAUAAUUAUAUACAUAUAUAUAAUAUAAAUUAAUAUUGCUUAAAUUAAAUAGCAAUUUAGACCUUAUGUGUAAGACAUAGUGUAGAUUUAUGAUUGUUAUAUGAAUGAUCUGUGUAUUGUAUAGGUUAAGAAAUGCUAGGGCUAACACGUCGAAAUGGAUAAAAGUAAAAAAAAAAAAAUUAAAAAAAAAAAUUGUUGUAAUGUUGUUUUUGAUGGACUGAUUUCACUACUGACUAUCGUGACGUAGUUCGAAUUCGUCUGUCUUUACCGAAGGCUUCAUUUGUUAGAGUUAGUCUAUCGUGGUAUAUCUCGAGGUUGAUCCACGUCAGGGUGAUCAAAUCGAUCGUACAAUAUUAAUAAGUACAAUAAACAGAUGUAUAUUCCAAUGGCGGGACGAGUAAAGAUACAUAAACUUUAAUUUUUUGGUAGAGCUGUGUGCAAGCUCGUCUGGGUAGGUACCACCCACUCAUCAGAUAUUCUACCGCAAAACAGCAAUACUUGGUAUUGUUGUGUUCCGGAUUGAAGGGUGAGUGAGCCAGUGUAAUUAAAGGCACGAGGGACAUAACAUCUUAGUUUCCAAUUGGUGAUGUAAGCAAUGGUUAACAUUUCUUACAAUGACAAUGCCUUCCUAUUAUAUAAAAAAAAAAUAUCCCUAUAUCAUUAUUGACGGGCCGGUUGGCGUGGUUGGUAGAUUCAUUCACGCCGAAGGUUGUGGGUUCGAUUCCCACCCAGGACUGACAUUUGCGUUCAUGAACAUGUCUGUUUGUCCUGAGUCUGGUUGUAAUUAUCCAUGUAAGUAUAUAUUUACUAAAGAAAAUUAGUAUAUGCAUUAUAUCAGUUGUCUGGUUUCCAUAGUACGAGCUUUGCUUAGCUUGGGAUCAGAUGGCCGUGCGUGAAUAAUAUCCCAGGAUAUUAUUAUUUAUAUUAAACUGUGCCACUUAAUUACUUAUAUCCACUUGAAUUUUACAUCCAAUGUUAUUGAUAAUAACUUUACCGAUAAUCAAAACGCAUUUUCCAGUUCAUAAUAACCAUGGAUUAUUAUCUCGACCAAUAAAUUUAAAGUCAAAAUGGUCUAUUUAUCUUUACUCCUCACAAUUAGCAAGAAAAGAACUCGUUGCGUUAUACAUUCCGAUUGUCAUUGAUUUAUUAGAUUAAGUUUUCUAAUUGGCGUAUAAAUGACUUGCCGUUAUUAUUAUUUUAUUAUACAUGUAUGUGAUUUUAUUGAUAAUCAUGAAGAAAUUGUUGCAAUAGAAUCGUUUGUGCCAUUCCUAUUAUAUUUAUAUAUAUUGUGCUAGCAUUUUUUUUUUUAAAUUACGUCAAUAUUUUCGGUUUAAGUCUAGUAUUUUCUAAAAAUAUACAUUACGUUUAGAAUUUAGAUAUAUUAUGCAUAUAAUGUAUGCAAUAUAUAGUAUUGAAAGUUGCUAUUAGAAAAGGUUAUCUCAUUUUGUUCUGUUUUGCUGACCGUCAUUAAAGCACUUUCCCAGUUUAAAAAAAUGGAUAUUAUAUUUAGUUAUAUAGAUAUUAUAUUGACUGUUCCCAUUUAUUGUAUUUAAUCUGAUCGUCCACCGAGCUUCGUGAAUAUAAAAUGUUUGAAACGAAAGCAAUCGAACCAAAAUACAUUCGUUCAUUUCGAAUAGGUAUUACUUUCUUAGAUAUGAUUGGUAUUGCGUGCUAUUUGCUGUGUUGCCGCGACAAUGGAUAUCAUAUUUGAAAAUGCGACUUAAAUAAUAAUUGCCACCUGCUGAAAUGAAAAUUACGUACAUUUUUUUUUUAAUAAAAUUACGAACAAAUAAGUUACUUUAAAUUUGGAAUCCACAGUCAAGUGCAAAAGUUUAAAAUGGCCAGUAUAAAAAACGCAAUUUCAUAAAGUUCGAAUAAGGAAUGUUUUCCCGCCUAUUUAAAAUAUAUCAUAAGUAAUACGUUAAAAGGCCGAAUAAUUUGUUCGGCUUACGAAUAGCCCCGGCGAUUAAUUCAGACCGAUUAGUGUGAUACAUUGCAAUUCGAUAAUUUAGAAAACCUUUUAUUUGACUCUCUCCUGGCUAUUAUAUCAGAAUCGCCGCCGUUGCCGAAAUAGUUCAAGAGGACGCCAUCAUUGAGUCGUCUUUUGUUUAUAUUCAAAAUACGAAUCGUUUAGCUUGACCAUAGUAUAAUUGUCUAUGGAUCGUGAUUCAAAAAGCUACGAAUAACGCAUAGAAGAGUAAAUGUGUGAAUGUUUAAUAAAAAAUAUAUAAACGACAAUUAGACAAAAACUAGGCGUAAACGAUACGUUUUUUUGAAUAUCGUUAACGUUGCUCGGUUUUAAGUUUCUAAAUCAUCGAAUGGAGUAUUACAAGUAGCCUUAAUGUUUGUCAAUUUGAAGGUGGCGUGUUGUUUUAGAAAACAAUUCUUAGCUAAAUAAUUUUCAAACAAUCACCAGUGCCUUUGUGCUUCUAUGAUAUGCACGCCACUUUCAGCCAUGUUAUGUAUAUAUAUAUAUAUACAUUGAGUGUUUAACAAAAACACUGAUUUCUCUUUCUAUCAUUGCUGAUUUGUCAUUGGAAAGAAGAAGACAUUAUUUAAAUAAUCAAGGUCUGAUAAACAACAUUUAUAGGUAAAGCAGUUAUAGUAAUAGAUAAGUAUAUAUAUUAUACUGUAACUUGUAUGUUUUUACCAUUUAAUCCUUAUUACACUUAUAUCCAGGUCAAGAAACAAUUCGUUAUGCUUACGGAUAGUAGAAUUGUCUACAGGUUGUAAUUCAGAAGGCUAACCGGGUGACCGGAUUAACCGGACUUUAAAAAAACAAUAUGACUGAUGCUUAUAACUAACUUAAUUACCAAUUAUGGUGCCUUUUUUACUAAGGAUAUAAUAUAAAUGUGUCCAAUUGAAUUUAUAUCAAUAUAAAUAGUGUAUUAAAUAUAUAUUUGUAUUCACACAAGCUUUUAUUUAACUUCCCCUCAUAGUAUGAGUCAAAUCUUACAAAUUAAUCCGUUCUAUUAAAUAAAUCAAUAUGAAAUUUUGCUUUUUGCACCGGUAACAAUAUUUAAUACAUUAUAUUGUAAAUGGAUUAAAUAAAAGCUUGUCUUUAAUAGGGUUUGUGAAAUAAUUUAACUUUUAAAUUUAAUUUUCAAUAAAUGAAAGUAAUGUGCCUUCGUACUUUAUAAAAAGUAACAAACUAUUUAUUGAAUAAAAUAAUCUUAUGUAGAAGUUAAGUUAUAAUAAGUUUACAAUUUUCGUUUCUUUAAUCAUUUUUGUAUGAAUAUUUUAAUUGUUAACUUUAGAAUUUAAGAAUAAAAUUUUAUUAUAG